AUGAACGCUAACAUAUGGGUGGCUGCCUCCGAUGGAAAUGUGGAACGUGUGGAGAGCAUUCUCCGCGAGAGCAACGGUGCCAUGACGCCGCAAUCCAAGGACGUCAACGGGUACACGCCAAUGCACGCGGCCGCUGCAUAUGGCCACGCAGACCUGCUGAAGAAGCUGUGCAGCGUGUACAACGGCGAUAUCAACGUGCUGGACAAUGAUGGCGACACUCCGCUGCACCACGUGGAGGACGUGGCCACCGCCAGGCUGAUCGUGGAAGAGCUGGGCGGAAAUCUUACAAUAAGGAACGCAGAGGGCCAGACGCCGUACGACUCGUUCGUGGAGAACGGGGAGGACGGUGAGCUCAUAGAGUAUAUGAGGAUCAAGUCCGGCGUGGCCGACGCCGCCAGCAUGGACGGCUCGCAGGGCGAGGGCAUCGUCAACAGCGAGUUACUGGCGCAGUUCAAGGACAACGUGCGGUACACUCUGGAGAACGACCCAGUGGACGGUGCCGACGAGGCUACUUUGCAACGCAGGAGGCAACUGGAGCAGAUCAUCACAGGAGACAACGCCGAGGAAGAGCUGGAAAGAUAUAUCCGCACCAUGGUCAGAGAACAGAUGCUGGGCCAGGGCUCCGCUGAGCAUGGCGAGGAAGAACCGGAUUCCAAGAGAAGAAAAUAG